UUUCGGGCAAACUUGAUCCAUUUUAUUCCAAAGCAUAUACAGCAAAGUUUCAAAUUUUUUUUGUGAAUACUGAAGUUAUCAUCUUCUUCCUGUUAAGAGUUCUCUUCAGUUUCUACUCCGGCAGCACCAAAUAGCUGCCAAACAGACAGUCAGGCUUCUACAUGGCCUAGCGAAAAGAUAAACUAGCACGAGCAUCGACAUUACAUUCAUUUAGCAAGAGUCUAAAUCGAAUUUAUUUGGUUUUUGUUUAAUUUUGUAAUUCGCAGUGAAAAUGGCAAAAACUAAGGCUUCCUCAAAGAAGCAGCAAAAGCGUGGUGUUGAUUUCAAGAAAAUUAAGCGGAAGCUAGGCAGGAAAUUGCCGCCACCUAAGAAUGCUACAAACACUGAAAUUAAAUCCAAAGCAAUUGUUCUUCCUGAGCAGAGUGUGGCAUCAGAGAAAUCGGGUUUAGCUGUGAGUAAGAAAGGCUUGACUUUGAAAGAGCUUCUUCAACAAACCUCCCACCAUAAUGCAAAAAUUCGUAAAGAUGCAUUGAUGGGCAUGAGGGAUUUAUUUGUCAAGCAUCCAGAAGAGCUGAAAUUGCACAAAUAUGCGGUUAUAGAAAAACUACGUGAACGCAUCAGUGAUGAUGAUAAAAUGGUUCGAGAAACCCUUUAUCAACUUCUUAAGUCAGUGAUUUUACCUGGAUGCAAAGAGGAUAAUCAAGGGCCUUUCAUUUCUUUAACGAUGGCAUACAUUUUUAAUGCAAUGACAAAUUUAGCAAUUGAAGUUCGGCUUAUGGCUUUCAAGUUUUUUGAUCUUGUUGUACAACAUUAUCCAGCUGCAUUUUCCAUGUAUGCUGAAAAGGUUAUUCAAAAUUAUGGGGAUAUUCUACGGAAGAACCAGUUCUAUUUAGAAGACAAGGGCAAGCUCAAAAAUGUGCUUGCUGGUCUAGUCCGCUGCUUGUCUCUGUUGCCAUCUAAUAAAAUAGAAGCUGACCCAUUCGAGAAGAAGGUUCCCAGGCAAGAAAUGCUGCAUGCUUUUGAGUCAGACAUGGCUACAGAAUAUGCUGAGUUUUCUGUCAUCAUCAAUAAGCUAAAGGACUUUGUUCCAGUUUUAGUCAAUUGCUUCCAAGACUUUAUUCCGUUAAUUCAUAGUCUACCAAUGCUGGAUGUACAAUCAUUUGAUUGCAUGCAUAGCAUUCUUAGGAGCAUUGACCUUGUAAUCUGGUUUCUGGUUUACGAGACCAACAAGGAUAAUCCAGAAUCACAUCCUCCUAUGUUGGAUCAAAGCAUCUCAUCAACAUUACUGAAGAAGUUGCUAGGUGUAUUCCCAUUCAAUCCAGUGCAUCACCUUUCAGAAAAGGAUGAUGACAAAUACUUUAUAUUGAACGUAAUGAUUGCUGAAAUAUUUUUUAACUUAAGUGAACUGAUCUGCCCUCCUGCUGACUUACAAGAGAAAUUUCUUGCAUUUAUAGAGUAUGCACUGCUUAUAAAGAUUCGCAAUGACUCAAGGUCUGGCAGAGCAUUUAGAGAAAAGCAGAUACUUGCACUAGUUCCCUUUAUCCCAAAACUUGUAGCACAAGUGAUUGGCGAUUGGAAGUCUCGCCUUCUACAGGCAUUUACAAAGACAUUCCUCGAUUACAAUCCAGAAUCUUCAGUAAAAUUGGCUUGCCUUUAUGCAAUUGAAAAAAUGAUUUUUCCUAGAGAAGGAAUGCUCUACCCUGAUGAAAGUGAUUCAGAGCUACUGGAUCAUCAGAUUACUUGGAUAAGAGAGCUGCCUCUGUUGUUAAUCAUGCUGGGUGAUAGGCAGUCAACCUCUUCCCAGGUUGUGUUGCAUCUUCUGCUUCGCGUGGCUCAAUGUGCUAUGAAGAACUCUUUGCUUGCAUUGGAAUAUGAUGACAUGCAAUACCGUCUGCAAGAGUUCUUCAGCAUAUGUGAAGAAGGGAAUAUAUGCUAUGGUCCUUUCAUAAAGCUUCCAAGAGAGACUCAAGAACUCUCCAUCUGUUGUCUUUAUUAUUUCUCUCACUUGGAUUCACUUCUUUUGAAGUCCAUAGCUUCUUGUUGCCUCUGUCAUGAGUUAGAUUCAUUUGUAUUAUUUCGGAUCAUAGAAGUUUUGCAUUCUGCCUUUAAAGCUGGCCAUAUUCAGAUUACUGACCAUAUCAGUUUUUUCAUCACUUUGGUCUCCUGUUUCAGUGUUUUUCCAGAAAAUACUUCCCCUGCAAUGAAUGAAGAUACAAGGAUAUCAAAUCGUAGAACUUUUAAGUUGUUGACCAGUGUUGUUUGUUCAUGCCUGUCGCAGAUGGGUGAUAAAACUCUAGUUUUUUUUAUACUGGAGAAAGUUAUACUAGAGCAGUUCUUAUUAAAGCCACAUCUGGAGAAUGCCUGUGCUAUGCUGAGGAUGCUUGUUGCAUUAGACUCCAGGCCCACCAGACUUUCUGAUCAAAGUAUCAUCACUUUGAGUGAUUUCCUUUCAGGAUAUCUUAUUGAUGUUGUGCAUUGUGUUCCAGGAGAUGAUGAGGAGUCAAUGGGCUCUGUUCAUGUAUUAACACGGGGUUACUAUAUUCUGCCUUGUUUUUUCUUGUUUGAUAGAAGUCCCAAGCUCUUGAAUCUGGUGCUGGAUGUGAUGAGCUCAUCGAUAACUCAAAGUAGUUCACUUUCAUCUAGUGGUCAUACUCGUUAUACUAGGAGUUACUCGAGUAGGAUUAAUGCUAUUGUUUCAAUCCUAUUAUUGAUGCACAAGGAUGCUAAAAUGCAGCAAAUUAUUUCCUCAGCGAGGGCCGAGAUUGACCUUAUUUCAGAAAACAUAUGCUCUUUACAGUCUUCUGAGGAAAGCAAUCUGGACAUCGGAGAAAGGCAUAGAAUACAAAGAGCAUUAGACCAACUAAAGGCACUGACAACUUCAUUACCUCGGGAGACGCAAACAGCAUAGCAAGAUGUAUUGCCCUGAUUUAUUGUACCUCCACACUUUGCAAUGGCAUGCAUGCCUACAGUUUUGAGUUAGCUAAUAUAGAUGAUUCUAAGGUGAAAAUGUUCUCUUCAUUUACGCGUGAAUAUCACUUAUAAAAUGCAGAAAAUAUAAGGACAAAUUCUUCAUCAAUGAGAUGUGGGAAAGCCGCUUUUUCUUCUCUCACUUUA